AAAAGGAAUGUCGAUCGACGAUCGUCCUCCGGUUGCUGCCGUUGUGGUAAGCAGCAUCUUCAAAGACGAAUCUUGGUGGAACGCCGUUGGAAGUGGCAAGCAUGAGGUGCGGUGGUGGGCCGCGGAAGGGGGUUUUGCAGCGGAGGGUGAGAAUUUCAUCACGUCGCAUGUGGCGCAAACGGCUCGCAACAUGGGAAAAAAAUGGGUAAACCAUGGUGGCAGCAAAAAUGAAAAGCGAAGAUACUGUAAGGUAAACGCCAAUGAUCCAAUGAUCUCAACCGUACUUGGGCAUAACGUCCAACAUGACCAAUGGCUGAUUGGCAGCGUUCUCGCGUACAUGACGCGAUCUUUAAAGACCUUCCCAGGGUGACCAGUACAGCCUUUUUUGGCGUACUGGCGUGAUGUGGUUGAUCAUUUACGCUGAAGGUUUAGAGCCUAUGAUCGACGGUUUUCGAUCUGCGAUAUCGAUCUUUUAGAUUAUCAGAUUUUCAUCAGCU